AUGUCAAUGUUUGAGGCUCCGAGCGACGGUGUAGUUUUUCCUCAUCCUAAUGAGUCAAUGCUUACGUCCUCGCGCCCGUCACCGGGCCCGUCUUUGACCAGUGUCUGUGCUCCGUUUGGUGGAAACAAUGGCCAGAUUGCUCCGAAGCCCGUGUUUUUUCCCGGCCUCCUUGACCUGGAACUGUUGCAUCACUAUACGACUGGUACGUGCUUCUCUCUAUCGAGUAUACCAUCGAAACAGCAGAUCUGGCAAAUCGCCGUUCCAAGAGAAGCCAAGUCCCACGGAUUUCUGUUGCACGCUUUGCUUGCCAUAUCAGCGGUGAACCUCUGGUAUGUUAAUCCUACAAAGCGCCACCUGUACGAGAGAGCAGCGCUCAACCAUUGGAAUCUUGCCCUCGCAACGUCAAUACCCGCUCUCAACGAGGUCACCCUAUACAACUGUCACGCACUGUUUGCAAUGUCCGGCAUAGUUUCAGUGCUAUCUUUCGUAUCACCCCACAGUGGGAAAUUUGGAAUGCCCUCUGACCCGGUGAAUGACAUAUUGAGUGUCUUUACACUCAUACGUGGUGUGACGACCGUCGUUCAAAGCGCCCAAGAGUGGAUCGCGCAGGGGAGUUUGGGAGCACUCAUCGAUUAUAGUUGGAACCCUACGACAUCCCCGCUCUCUGAAGACGCGAGUGUUGCUUUUGAAAAGCUGUUCGACACGAAUGAGAAAGAGACGCUUGAUCCAAGCAUCAGAGACAUUUACAGCUCAACGAUUCAAGGCCUUAAAAAAACCUUUGAGAUACACACAGUCGUAAGGGACGAACCCGGCCUCGUGUUCACUUGGCUGGUCGUGGUUCAAGCGUCGUAUAUCACCCAGCUAGAAAAGAAAAAGCCUAUGGCGGUGACGAUCCUCGCACACUACGCCGUCCUUCUUCAUACCAGCAACGGGCAGUGGUGGUUAGAAGGUCGAGGCGCUCAUCUGGUUGAAUUCAUACGUCAAAUUCUUCCAUCUGAAUGGCUUCCGGCGAUACUGUGGCCAAGAGAGGCUGUCACAACGGGCUGGAAGCGGAAUGCAGAACUAGAUCCCGCUGCAUCUGGGCACGCGCGAUAG